AUGAGAUUUGUGUCAUGUGACUCUGAAACAGAGAGCCAAUAUGCAAACACGGAUCUUGAGGAGAGCAUGAGUUUACCUGAGUGCUAUCAAGGGGACUUACAACUUCAAUCUGUGUGUAAGAAAUUGCACCCCUGGUACAAAAUGGAUUGGUCAGUUUUUUUUAAUUUUUCCAGCGAUGAAACCUUUGUGGCUGAUCUGGAAACUCCAACUUCAGCGGUAUAUAAAUCCAGAGAAAAGCAAGUCUUAACUGAGUUGGAGCCGUUAUUUAAAAACCAGUUCCCCUCCUUCAUUAGCCUGCUAGUUAUUAAGUUCCGUCGUGGUUCAAUCAUCACUGACCUGAAUUUGACAUUUGGAGCCGAAUUACCCAAUACAGAGGACAUAAAAAGCACUAUUUGGCAAGCCAAUGCCACUCUUAAUAUCACCAGUGUAACAGUAAUGGAGCCCACCACCACAACCAGCACCACAACACCUAUAACCACACCUACCACAACCACAACCACACCUAUUACAAUCGCAGGACACACCACAACCACCCCUGACACAACAACAACCGCCACCACAACCACACCUGACACAACAACAACCGCCACAACACCACACCCACAACCACACCUAAUACACCCGACAACAACAACAAGCCACCACAACCACACCUAA